UGGCUCCCGGGAUAUGGAGCCGCCGGUGCUGGGGCGGCGUGUCAGGUGGUGGAAGAACGGAAUCCUAUUCUAAGAACACGGGUACUCAGGUAUCCACCAUGGUACUGGGUCCUGAACAGACGAUGCCAGAUGACAGUGCUUCUGGAGACCAUGGGGACUCUGCCAGUCUUGGUGCCAUCAAUGCUGCCUAUAGUAACUCCUCACUUCCACAGUCCACUGGGCAGUCGGAGGAGCCAUUCACCACCUACUUUGAUGAGAAGAUUGCCAUUCCUGAGGAGGAGUAUUCUUGUUUUAGCUUUCGUAAACUCUGGGCAUUCACGGGACCUGGCUUUCUUAUGAGCAUUGCCUAUCUGGAUCCAGGAAAUAUUGAAUCCGAUUUGCAGUCUGGAGCAGUGGCUGGAUUUAAGCUGCUCUGGGUUCUUCUGUUGGCCACCAUAGUGGGUCUGCUGCUUCAGCGCCUUGCAGCUAGACUGGGAGUGGUAACUGGGCUACAUCUUGCUGAAGUGUGUCACCGUCAGUAUCCCAAGGUCCCACGGAUCAUCCUGUGGCUGAUGGUGGAGUUGGCAAUCAUUGGCUCAGAUAUGCAAGAAGUCAUUGGCUCAGCCAUUGCCAUCAAUCUCCUGUCUGUGGGAAGGGUUCCCCUGUGGGGUGGAGUUCUCAUCACCAUCGCAGAUACUUUUGUUUUUCUCUUUUUGGACAAAUAUGGCUUGCGGAAGCUAGAAGCAUUUUUUGGCUUUCUCAUCACAGUUAUGGCCCUCACAUUUGGAUAUGAGUAUAUUACAGUGAAACCCAGCCAGAGCCAGGUUCUCAAGGGCAUGUUCGUGCCAUCUUGUUCUGGCUGUAAGACCCCGCAGAUUGAACAGGCUGUGGGCAUCGUGGGAGCUGUCAUUAUGCCACACAACAUGUACCUACAUUCUGCCUUAGUCAAGUCUAGACAGGUAAACCGGGCCAAUAAGCAGGAAGUCCGAGAAGCCAACAAGUACUUUUUCAUUGAAUCCUGCAUUGCCCUCUUUGUUUCCUUCAUCAUCAACGUCUUUGUCGUCUCAGUCUUUGCUGAAGCAUUUUUUGGGAAAACCAAUGAGCAGGUGGUUGAUGUGUGUAAAAAUAGCAGCAGUCCCCAUGCUGGCCUUUUCCCUGAAGAUAAUUCAACUCUGGCUGUGGAUAUCUACAAAGGGGGUGUUGUGCUGGGAUGUUACUUCGGGCCUGCUGCACUCUACAUCUGGGCAGUGGGGAUCUUGGCUGCUGGACAGAGCUCCACCAUGACAGGAACCUAUUCUGGUCAGUUUGUCAUGGAGGGAUUCCUAAACCUAAAAUGGUCACGUUUUGCUCGAGUGAUUCUGACACGCUCUAUUGCUAUCAUCCCCACUCUGCUUGUUGCUGUCUUCCAAGAUGUAGAGCAUCUAACAGGGAUGAAUGACUUCCUGAAUGUUCUGCAGAGCUUACAGCUUCCUUUUGCUCUCAUACCCAUUCUCACAUUCACAAGCUUGCGGCCAGUAAUGAAUGACUUUUCCAAUGGAAUAGGCUGGAGGAUUGCUGGUGGGAUCUUGGUCCUUAUUGUGUCUUCUAUCAACAUGUACUUUGUAGUGGUUUAUGUCCAGGAACUAGGGCACAUUGUGUUGUAUGUCGUGGCGGCUGUGAUCAGUGUGGCUUAUCUGGGGUUUGUGUUCUACUUGGGUUGGCAAUGUUUGAUUGCACUGGGCAUGUCCUUCCUGGACUGUGGUCACACGUACCACCUGGGAUUGACAGCUCAGCCUGAACUCUACCUUCUAAACACCGUGGAUGCUGACUCCCUUAUGUCAAGAUGACUAACAGCCUGAGAGACUGUAUAAGAACCAUUUUCUCUAAGCCCUAUUGUGCCAGCUGUCUUAACAUACCUCUGUUAGUUUGGAGGUGAGUUUUGUUCAUUUGAACAAAGGCAAAGAUUUCCUCAUGGGAAUGGGAUUAAAAACUGACAACUAUAAAUUUAGGUCAUCGACCCACCCACCUCACAACAAACAAUAGCCAGAGUUAAAUGAUUACCUGUGCUGGCCACAUACCCCUAUGGGGUGUGUCUUGACUUCUGGGAUUUAAAAAAUAUAUAUCUAUAUAUAUUUAUGUAAACCUGAACAUCAGUUUGGGUAAGAUUUUAAUGUUAUAUAAAACUAAUAGAUAUUUUGUAUUUUUUUAAAAAAAAAACGUUCUUCAGGUAAAUUACAUCUUCAGAUCACAAGUGAGAAGGGAAAGGAAAUGUUCUUUUUCUCACAAUGAACUGAUCCAAUUGACUGUCUUAUAAAGUGAUACUUUACUAUGCCAGUUACAUUUUACUUUGAUUGUAAUCAGCCACAUCACAUACUUGGUAUCUACUAAUAUUAACCAUCAUUUCUAAAGAAAUCAUUUCUUCUAUUUGGUGAUCUUAUUUAACCCUGGUUACCUGCAUACUUUGUAAUUAGUAUUGUCUUUGUUAUCAUUUUUCUUGAAAUUUUUUAUAGUUAUCAAAC